AUGUGUCGAAACUUACAGAAAACCGGUUGGUUACAAUUGAACGAGACUCACCUUAAUGGUUAUGUACAUAUUGCGACAAGUCUCCGCAGCUUUGGAAAAAUCCUCUUUCGACAAGCCAAGUAUGAUGAAGCACUUAUUUUUCAUCAGCAAGCACUGGCAAUGUUCGAAAAAUAUUAUCAAUCACCUCAUAUCAAUAUAGCUGUUAGUCUUGACUGCAUUGCUUAUGUUCUUACAGCUAAUAACGACUACAAUAAAGCCCUCGAUUUCUGUCAACGAGCGAUGUCAAUCUAUACGAGAUAUUAUCCGAAUGACCAUGUUUACAUCGCCUUCACCCUCAACUACAUCGGUUACAUUCUUUGUUGCCAAGGCAAAUAUGCUGAAGCUCUGAAGAUCCAUGAAAAUGCAUUAACAAUACAACAAAAGCAUUAUCCAUCUGGUCAUGUCGAUAUAGCUUAUAGUCUUUGUGGUAUAGGAAUAGCUCAGCUUCAACAAGGAAAACAUGGUGAAGCUCUGACAUUCCACGAACAAAGCCUGGAAAUUCUACAGAAAUACUGUUUUUCUGGUAACGAUGACAUUAUUCGUAUUUUAAACAACAUUGGCUAUAUACAAAGGAAACAAGGAAAGUAUGAUGUAGCUCUUGAUUAUCAUCGACGAGCACUAGCACUUCAAGAGAGAUAUUAUCCAUCUUAUCAUGCUAACAUCGCUAUCACUCUGAAUUACAUCUCUGAUGUAUUAUUUUGUCAAUCAAAAUAUGAUGAAGCUCUAUGCUGUUGUCAACAAGCAUUAAUAAUUCAAGAGAACUAUUAUCCUUCAGGUAAUGCCUCAAUGAUCUGUAGCCUCAACAACAUUGGCAACAUCUUUUAUAAGCAAGGAAAAUACAAUGAAGCUCUAAUUAUUUAUCGACGAGCACUAGCAACUGUCGAAAAACAAAGUUCAUCCGAUCACUUUUCCAUUUCCUGCUAUAUGAACAACAUUGGGAAUAUAUUAUGCAAGCAACAAAAAUAUGAUGAAGCUCUUGAUUACCAUUGGCGAGCACUCGAAAUCCAAGACAAAUAUUGUUCAUCUCGUCAAGAUGAGAUAGCUAAUACUCUCAAUUUCAUCGGUAAUAUCCUCAUUGGACAGAAAAAAUACGAUGAAACCUUGAAAUUUUAUGAACGUGCACUCGAAAUGCAAGAGAAAUAUUAUCCAGAUGGUCAUGUGAACAUAGCGAUAACUCUCAUUAAUAUUGGCACAGUAUUUCGUCAACAACAAAAGUUUAAUAAAGCAAUUGAAUAUCAUCAAAAAGCACUAGAGAUUCAAGAGAAAUAUUAUUCAUCAGGAAGUGUCAUCAUAGCUGAUACCAUCAAUCGUAUCGGUCAUGUUCUGUACCAUGAAGAAAAGUAUGAUGCAGCAAUUGACUAUUAUCAACAAACACUUUCAACACAAGAGAGCUUCUAUCCUGAUGGUCAUAUCGAAACUUCUCGUACUUUCAACUUCAUUGGUAACACUCUAUAUAAACAAAAUAAGUACGAUGAAGCACUUCAGUUUCAUCAAAAAGCCUUGUCUAUUCAAGAAAAACAUCAUGAAUUUGCUCAUGUUGAUAUUGCGAACAGUCUGAACUCUAUUGGUAAUGUGUUAUAUAGCCAAAAGAAAUAUGAUGAAGCGAUUGACUUCUAUCAACGAGCACUAAGAGUUCGAGAGAAAUUUGAUGCAACUAAUCAUGUUGGUAUUGUUAAUAGCCUGAUAAACAUCGCCAAUGUCUUAAGAGAUAAAGGAAAAUACAAUGAAGCUAUCGAGUUUCAAAAACGAGCAUUGAUAAUACGAGAACACCAUUAUACUUCUGAUCACGUAAAAAUUGCUUAUAGUUUUGGCAACAUCGCUAAUAUUCUUAUUUUACAAAGAAAAUAUGAUGAAGCUCUCAACUUUCAACAACAAGCAUUAACACUUCUCCAAAAUAACGCGCCUAGUGAUCAAUUUAGAAUUGCUAGAAGUCUCAAGAACAUCGGUUAUACUCUAUUUGAGCAAACAAAAUAUGAUGAAUCUCUCGAAUUUUAUCAACAAGCAUUAAUUAUAUUCGAAGAAUAUUAUCCCAAUGACCAUAUUGAAAUUGCUGAUUGUCUAUUCUGUAUUGGUGUUAACUUCAAUAGAAACUUCCAGUUUGAUCUCGCUGUUGAAUAUUUAGAAAGAGGUCUAUUAAUUAAAGAAGCUAGUGUAUCUCCAAAAGACCUCUUCAUUGCUAGUGCACUUGAUUGCUUGUCACAAGAAUAUACAAGAAGAGGCGAAUAUGAAGUCUCUCUUAUAUAUGAACAGAAAUGUUUUUUAAUGCGUCUCAAAGUUCUACCGUCAGAUCAUAAAGACAUUGGCUAUAGUUUAUCAAACAUAGGCAAAAUUUAUGAAAAUCUUCAUAAACCUAUAUUGGCACUUGAUUACUAUCAACAAGCAUUAGCUAUCUAUAGAAAAUGUCUACCUCCCGAUCAUGAUGAUCUGUGGGAGAUGGAAUCAAAUAUUGAACGUCUUUCGGAAGGACUUGGAAUAGAACUCGAUUCAUCAGAUUGA